UCAAACUCUACAUAACAUUUUUUAUUUUUAUUUUGCCUCAAAACAAAAAACUCAACAACCAUGUCAAGCUCUGAACAUGGUGUCCAUGUCCUAAUAUUUCCUUUUCCAGCACAAGGUCACAUACUACCACUUCUGGAUUUCUCCCAUCAACUUCUUCUUCAUGGUAUUAAAAUUACCAUUUUAGUCACACCUAAAAAUCUACCAAUUCUUGAUCCUCUUCUUUCUAUCCAUCCAUCUGUUAAAACUCUUGUUUUUUCAUUUCCUGGCCACCCAUCACUUCCCUUUGGUGUUGAAAAUGUUAAAGAUGUUGGAAACUCAGGCAAUGCUCCAAUCAUUGCUGGUCUUAGUAAGCUUUAUGGCCCAAUCUUAGAAUGGUUUAAGGCCCAACCCAAUCCUCCUGUGGCUAUUGUUUAUGAUUUCUUCUUGGGCUGGACUCAAGAUUUGGCCCAAGAACUUGGUGUGCCUGGAAUUGUUUUUUACACUUCUGGGGCAUUGUUGGUUUCUAUUAUGGGUGAUAUUUGGAGGAAUUUUGGGGCUUAUAAAGGUUUGGGCUUUGUUGAGUUUAAUGGGCUUCCUAAAAGUCCAAGAUUUGUGAGGGAACAUCUUCCUUCAGUGUUUCAGAAGUUCAAAGAAGGUGAUCCAACUUGGGAGCUCUAA